AUGCCCUUUGACGACGACGACAACCCCGCCGUGGAGGCAUCCACGCUCCAAACGGACCAAGAUGCCGCCCGAACAGCAGAUGACGCUUUGGAAGACGAAAUCCCAGACUACAAACUCUUCGCUUCCAUGUUCAACAAAAAGGGGGUGUCCAGCAAAACCAUCCGCAAAGGCGAGAAAGACUUUGAAUCCCACGGCACUCGCGUUCAGGACACAGCCCUUGAGACCAGCCGGCAAGCACUGGAAGAAGUUCUCAACUACACUCGCAUUCACCGCCAGGAAAACUGGUUACGUGCCUGGUAUUUCCCAGAUUGGUGGACCUCACAAAGACCAGAUAGCACUCACGACGAUGCGCUACUGCACGAACGUGUUGUGGUCAUGGAACAGGAGCGAGGAAAUUGGAUGAGAGACAUUGGACGAGCCAUAUCCGGCAACAAGGACCAGUUGGGUGUCGGUAGACUCUGGCUGCUACCCGAAGAGGCGCUCUAUUUGAUCGAGCGAGGAACAAUAGACAUCUGGUGGCCCGACAAAGAUUUCGAAGAACUGCUCCCAAAGGUCAUCGACAAUGGGCCGACCAGGAACCAAUUCGGACCAGAUGACUACGACGCCGGCGUGCCACUGAGUCUCGAAGCUGCCUACUGCUUCCUCACAGGAUACGAGGGCGAGCGUGGAAAAACAACAUUGCCCAAGUUUCAAGUAUAUUCGCAUCUCAAGAGAGCUGGUUUCUACAUCAUGCGCGCCCCGACAACUCCCACACCCCGACAAGACACAUCCUCACAACCAUCACAGUCCCUAUGGCAGUGGCUAUUCUCCUUCAUCAGCCGAGACAAAACACCACAACACAAACCAUUUGGCCCUCUCAUCGCCCCCGGGAUAUACAGAGCAUACCGCCCCAUCUACCAGCAACUCGCCGUCCUUCCACGCCACAAACCCUCCAUCCAACCACAACAUCACCCCGUCCAGGAACCUUUCCGCAUCCAUUUCCACGUAUGGAAGCCCGGCGGUGCCCCAUUUUCUAAGAAGAACCCCCCGCCGCCAGAUUUCCGCAUCGCAGUCGCGGACACGGCAGACUCAGAAUUACCUACCCUAGAGCAGAUCGAGGCGUUGCUGGAAUCCACGCCGAUAGAUCUACCCAAUCCUGCUUGGCAGGGGCCAGGGAAACUCUACCAACGAUUAAAACACGGUCACCGAAAUGUUCUUGUUGCAGUUGUGGAUAGGGGACUUGUCAAUUUUAUGAGAUUUGGUGAAGCGGCGUUUGGGGAGGAACCGCUUUUUGAGAGGUUUGAUAAUCGGUCUGGUGGGAGAGGUGGGAAGAGGGGUGGGCGUAGGGGUAGGGGACGGGGAAGAGGACGAGGCGGGAGAAAUUGA